GAACGACAAUCAAGCCAAGAAUCCCACUAUCUCAAGUCAACCUCCAAUCACAACGUGAUUGGUACAAUUUAUGUACAAAUCCCUGUAAUCAUGUAUUUUCCUCUUUUGUUAUAGUUGACCACCGCUAGAAUCCUGUAUAUAUGGUGUAUCUCAAUAUGAAUCAAAUCAUCGAGUGAUUCAACCCAAACUUCUCUCUUGUCUAUUUUUCUACAUGGUAUCAGAGCUUUACAGGGGCUAACGCUCAAAACUCGAUCCAACAGUUCCUAUGGCCAUCGACGAAGGCUCGCCUAUCCCUUCUUCUGUCAAUUCUCAAACCUCUUCCCAAAUUUCUCAAACCUCUCAAAAUUCUAUCCUUUCCAUGUCAGCCGCAAUUCCAACCUCCUUCAAUAUCUCCCACAUAUUCAAUACACCUAUGGAUCGUAACAAUUUCCUCUCUUGGAGAUCGCAAUUUCUUGAUGUCCUGGAAAUCCAUGACUUGGAGGAUGUCGUGAAGAAUGAAAAUCGCCCUGCUAAAAGGCUUGAGGAUGGCUCAAUCAACCCCACCUAUGCCAAGGACAAAUUAGUUCUCAGCUGGAUAAAAGCUACCGCAUCUCCCUCUAUCAAAACCCUCCUAAUCUCUUGCACUUCAGCAUACGAAGCUUGGACCCUCCUUGAAAAGAGACUCUCACCACUGUCCAAAACUCACUUACGCACACUCCGUGAUCAAAUUCGUAGCCUAAAGAAAGAACCAGAAAAAGCAAUGACAGAAUAUCUCCUGGAUGCCAAAUCUCUUUAUGAUCAACUUGCUAUUGCCGGGUCGAUGAUGACAGAAGGAGAACUCAUCGAAUUUAUUCUCGAUGGCUUGGGGCACGAAUACAAGGAGUUUACAACUUCAUUGCAUCUCCGUUCGUCCUUCACUUUCGACGAGUUCUAUGAUCUCCUCAUCCAAGAAGAACACCUGAUCAAAAGGAUGUCAUCUCUCUCUAUUUCUACAGGAACAGCUCUUGUCGCUGAUCGGACCUCAAAUAAUCAGCAGAACCACUCAAAUCCUCGACCUUACACCGACAACAACAACAGGCACAACCGUGGAAAGGGACGUGGUCGUGGUCGCGACUGGAACUCAGGUCGUGACAAUAGUUAUCGCAACGGCGACCGUAAUUGGACCUCUAGUAAUCGGCAAGGCAAGUGGGCUCAGUCUUCUAAUAAUAAUCAUCGUGGGUUUUCAGAACAUCCAUCCUCAGAUAAUCGGCCUCCCCUCCUUCCAACGCCGUCUCCUCAACAGCACCACCAAUUCUUAGUUAUUUGUCAACAAUGUAACAAACCUGGGCACACGUCUCGGGUUUGUCCUGAACGCGGAAAUUUUGCUUACGUUGCUGAAGCCAAUGAAAGCACCUCCUCCGUGUCUGGACCAGUCAGCAAAAAUUGGGUUGUCGAUUCAGGAGCAACCCAUCAUAUGACAUCGGAUCCUUCCUUGCUUUCCCAUGUCCAACCAUACACAGGACAACAAGACGGGGAAAAUUUUACUUAUUGGGAGUAGCCAUGGAGAUCUCUACUACAUCCGUGCAGACCCGCAAGUUAGGAGCAAGCUCGUGUUCUAUGGAGAAAGAACAACCCAGGACGUGUGGCACACCCGACUUGGACAUCCCUCCUCUGAUAUUCUGCGAGUGUUGGUGAAUAAAUACCACUUACCCAUUAGUGGUACUAUGGCCUUUAAUAAAAGUUGUCAUAUUUGUCCACUAGGCAAGGCCUGUAGACUCCCUUUUUCUUACCGUACUUCUAAUACACAAAAUCCUCUUGAGUUGUUGCAUCUUGAUAUAUGGGGACCAUCUCCUAUGUUAUCAAACUAUGGCUAUAAAUUCUAUUUGUCAAUUGUGGA